AUGGCUGCUACCAUCACCCCCCUACCCCAGCUCAAGCUUGAUACGGCUGGCAAGGACCCGAUUCCUAAAUGGGUACCGCCACCGGAGACCAAGGAGGACCUCGAAUGGCAGGACUUGCGUGUCCUCGAUCUUGCUCUGCUGGAUGGUACGCCUGAGCAGCAGAAGCAGGUUGAGCAGACCUGCAAAGAUGCCCUUACCGACGAGGGUUUCUUGCUCAUUAUAAACCACGGUGUCGACGACGAGACUAUGCAGCGUGUAUUUGACCUCGCGAACUGGAUCUGCAACGGCGAUGCGAUGACCGAUGAGGACAAGAAGGAGUACGAGUGGGAUCGCGAGAAUGGCGACUGGAUGGGCUAUAAGCCACCCAGAGGCUGGGGCGAGAAAGGUCGUGAGGAUUAUGAUCACAUCGAGGCAUACAACUUCUACGGCGCCUGCUGGGAGAAGAACCGCCUACCACCCAGGAUCAGGCCUUAUGCCGAUGAAAUCCUAGCAUAUGCUGAUGUCAGUCCAAGACCUACUGCGCACAUAGAAGCUUAG